UCAGUAAGAGAUGGUGAAAGCAGUGAUAAAUUUGCAACAGUUGAAACACGAGGUGAAAGGGAAAUCAUUGAUCAAAUGAUGAUCAUCAAAUGAUGAAAAAGCUAACGAAUGUUCACGUACAACUGAAGAGCGCUUUCCAGAAAGGCGACGGAAAGAAGAGGGAAAGACCUGUGCAAAUGAAGGCCAUGCAAGGUCAAAGUUUGCUUCAAUUAAUGAAACUGGCAGACACAGGAGAGGAGAAAAAACUAGCAGUAACAGCGACAGUGAGGAAUUUGAACAAGAAAGUCGAGACAUUUUGUACAGAUUGGAAAAACAGAGCCAUCUUGCGCGUAAAGAAGACACCAGGGACAUACGGAAACCAACUUCAUACUCGAACGGUGACGAACAG